GUUUUUCCUUUUUAAUCCUUCUUUUAAUUAGUUAGUUAUUUCCUACUUUGGUUAUAUUUUGAUUUCCGAUUUGAUUACAGAGUCCACGACUAAAUUGAGUUGUUAUAGCCUAUUUUGGUUAGGUUUUUGCGCUCGCGCCCAAUCCGCGCCAAAUUUCAAAUUCUCUUUAGGUCAGUUUGUGCCCUAUAAAUAGUUCCCAACUUUGCUUCUUCUCCAAACCGAUCCUCUUUCACCCCGUCGUCUAUACGAUGACCAUAUCUGAGAGAAGCAUGAACCGGCCCGUCGGAAUCAAGCUGGAUCCGUCAAAGAAGCCGGUGUACCUCACCAAAUCACAGAGAGAGCAGUUAGCCCUCCAUGACGAGAUCGCCGAUCGGAAACGCUGCCACGAACAUCUUCAGGUUAAGUACAACCGCCCUUCCUCCGAUAACCACUGUAGCGAAAAGAACCGAAAAAGAGAGAGAGACAGGAACGGUGACAGAGAUAGAGAGAAGGAAUUAAAUCGAGUUAGAUUGGAGAAUCCGGCAGAGAAGGAACUUGAAGCUAUUCAUGAGCAAUAUUUGAGAUCUAAGAAACCCAAGAAACGGGUGAUUACAUCCUGUGCAAAACUCCGAUCAUCUUUCGGCUGGGAGAACUCUGAAGACACUUCUCGUGACGUGAACCCUCUUUAUCAAAACCCUCACGAAGCCCGUCCACACUUUGGUCGCGGAUUCUUUGGUGGAAUCGAUCGAAGGGAGCAGAAGAAGCUUGCCAUCAAGAAUGAGAGGAAGAUACAGGAGGAGAUUUGGAAGAAGGGAGGCGUUGAGGCGACUGCAGUAGAAGCAGCUGCCUUGAAGAAGAAGGAACAAAAUGCUGAUUUGUAUGACACUUUUGACAUGAGGGUUGAUCGCCACUGGACAGAUAAGAAGCUGGAGGAAAUGACAGAGAGAGAUUGGAGGAUAUUUAGGGAGGAUUACAACAUAUCCUAUAAGGGGUCGAGGAUACCCCGUCCCAUGAGGAAUUGGGCCGAGAGCGCCUUAACUACAGAGUUGCUUAAGGCGGUUGAGAGGGCUGGCUACAGGAAGCCCUCUCCUAUUCAAAUGGCUUCCAUUCCGCUUGGACUUCAACUACGUGACGUGAUUGGUGUCGCAGAAACUGGUUCAGGUAAAACUGCUGCUUUUGUUCUCCCUUUGUUGAAUUAUAUCACUAGGCUUCCUCCAUUGAGUGAAGAGAAUGAGGCAGAGGGGCCAUAUGCGGUUGUAAUGGCACCCACACGAGAACUAGCUCAACAAAUUGAGGAUGAGACCGUCAAGUUUGCACACUAUUUGGGUAUCAAAGUUGUUUCUAUUGUUGGUGGGCAGUCCAUAGAAGAGCAAGGUUUUAGGAUUAGGCAAGGCUGUGAAGUUGUGAUUGCGACCCCUGGGCGACUUCUCGAUUGCUUGGAGAGACGUUAUUGUGUUCUGAACCAGUGUAAUUAUGUUGUUCUCGAUGAGGCUGACCGGAUGAUUGAUAUGGGUUUUGGACCUCAAGUUGUUGGUGUACUGGAUGCAAUGCCUUCAAGUAAUAUGAAACCAAAGAACGAGGAUGAAAAGCUUGAUGAGAAUAAGAUUUAUCGAACCACUUAUAUGUUCAGUGCUACCAUGCCACCUGCCGUAGAGCGGCUGGCUAGAAAUUACUUAAGAAAUCCUGCUGUCGUGACUAUUGGCACUGCUGGAAAGGUUACUGACCUCAUUACUCAGCAUGUCUUCAUGGUAAAGGAAUCUGAGAAAAUGUUUAAGUUGCAGAGGUUUCUGGAUGAGCUUGGAGAUAAGACUGCUAUUGUGUUCAUCAACUCUAGAAAGCGGGUUAACACUGUUGCCAAGCAUCUGGAUAAAGCUGGCUAUAGGGUAACCACACUGCAUGGUGGGAAAUCACAGGAGCAGAGGGAAAUCAGCCUUGAAGGAUUUAGGACAAAGAAGUAUAAUGUGUUAGUUGCUAGUGAUGUUGCCGGUCGUGGAAUUGAUAUACCUGAUGUGGCCCAUGUGAUUAACUAUGAUAUGACAAACAAACUUGAAGCAUACACCCAUCGUAUUGGACGUACAGGUCGUGCAGGAAAGACAGGUGUAGCCACAACGUUUUUGACCUUGCAGGAUACUGAAGUCUUUUAUGAUCUUAAGCAAAUGCUCAUCCAAAGCGACAGUCCUGUUCCCCCCGAACUUGCUAGGCAUGAAGCUUCAAAGCUCAAGCCGGGAAGUAUUCCUGGCAGACCACCUAGGCGGAACGAUAUUGUUUUUACUCAUUAAAGUUGGAACUCAUGCAUAUUCAAUCACAGUGGUCGAGAGUAAAGAGAUUAUAUAAUGGUAUCUGUGAAAGAGAUGGAGUUGGUAGAUACGGUGAAUGACUCCUACAUAGUGCAGUGGUAAAAUCAACAUAUUGUAUUUCAUGCAUUAUCAAAGUGUCUUCUCACUGGAAAGAAAGAUGAUGAGACAUUGGGUUAAUUUCUUGUGUGUGAUUAUGCAGCAAAGCUUGAAGCUUGGGACUGAUAUCCUGUAGAUAAUAAGCAAUUGAACAGGCAUGAACUUCUUUAGCUCCUCAGAGUUAUCCUAAAUACUUUUUAAUAACAAUACAUUUAUACUUUAGUAAUGAAACAUUUUCCAUUCCUUGCUUCCAUCUCUUUUGCACUAUUUCUGUCUAUCUUUAUGUAUGCCAACAUUCUGUCACCCACCAUUUGUGUAUAUAUGAUUGUUAGCUAGGCUGGCCUUUGCUCUUCUAUUGGGAAUUUGUGGUGGUGGAGGUGUUGCUGUAAACAAAUAUUGGAUAACCUUUGUUAGUUUGCUUAUGUGAAUCAUGUUUGUGAUUCUCUUAUCUGUUUUAUAUCCUCCCUUGUCACUAGCAUGGUUUUGGUUUUGCUUUCCUUCAGGUUUCCACUGGGAUGUUUAUAUUGGCCGUUGGAAGAGGUACUCUUUUGUUUAUUAUUUUAUUAUAAAAGAAUGAAACAACAUGGUUGGAUUAAAUAACAUGCUCUGGCAAUCUAAAUAAUAGUGUCAUAGGUUGCUUUACUUUCUUUUACUUUGAUGAAUAUACAAAAAAUGAUUUAAAUCUCUCUGCCAUAGAACUUUUAAGAUUCCGUAAUAGAUUUUAUUAUCUACUACAAAAACUAAAGGCAAUCAUGGUGGAAAUGCAUUUGUUUGAGAGGAACUCUUCUUUUGCUUCACUAAAAGCAAAUUAUGUUUGGUUCUGACUUGUGAUUAAUAGAUCUAUUAGCUGAUUCAGCAUAAUAUUUAGGCCCUUGUUCUGAAAAGUCGAAGAUAUGCCUUCUAUUUACUAUGUCCUGGAACGCAUUGUUCUUUUCUAGUUGUGAUAGAAUGAUAUAUCUGCUGUAGAAUAGUUUCGAACUCUAUAAAAUUCAUAAACUUUUGUUUUUGUUAGUUAAUCUUUCUUAAGUUCAACUUUGGAAACAGAUUUAAACACUGUAUCCUCACUCACCAUCAUGUGAGAAUUCAGCAUUCUCGCUGAGAGCAUUUUAGCAUGACAAUUCUUAGUGUUGCAAUAAUUGAUCAAAAUUUUGUGAGAAUACAGCCCAUUUCUAUUGCGCAGCUGUACAUAGAGGGAGGAGGUACUCCUUUAUUCUUCUGUAUUACUUUUUGGUGUGUCAUGAUAAAUACUACAUUUUAGUUGCAUAUACUAGUGGCCUUUUCUCCGCUAUUUUCUUUUCAUACCUGUUUUGAUAUGUUUUACUUGAGCCAAGGUCUAUCGAAAACAGUCUUUCUACCUCAAGUCCUCUAGAGGUAGGGUAACGUUGCAUACACCCCACCCUCUCUAAACCCCACUUGUGGGGUUUUGCUAGGUACGUUGUUGUUGUAUCCACUUCAUCAUUUGCUUUGAAGUUAGACCAGGAAAUAAUUUUAUUUGGACCUGCUACUGUUUUCAAGAAACAGAAGAACUUGUGUAAUGCUUUUAUACUUUAUAUGUAAGAUGUGCAUCAAUCAUUUUUGUUACAGCUAA